CUCUGACUUCAGUCAGGGAGGGCUAAAGUUGCUUGGGAACACAUAGCUUUGCCAAAGAUGGAGGGGGGAUUAGGCCUGAAAGACUUAACCUCAUGGAAUGUAGCCUGCAUUGCUAGGCUUGUCUGGCUUCUUCUUAUUCAGGGGGGCAGUUUCUGGGUUGCCUGGGUAUCUAGAUAUCGAUUGAGAGGAUCUUCUGUUUGGGAAGUGAAACGAACUGCUGCAAGAUCCUGGACC